CUUCCUGAAGAAGACACGCGAGAACAGAUCUGCCCCACAGACAACAAAAUGCUCCCCCUAAACGAGAGCAGCUGGGAGGUGUUUGACGUGUCAGGACAGAAACGAAAGUCCCUUCCUCAGGAUGUUCCACUACAUGCCAGAUGUAUGAAUUUACAGAGAAACAAACUGAAACGGGUCACCGGCAUCUCCAGAUUCACCUUCCUCACUGAGAUUAAUCUCUCAAGGAACAAGAUAAUGGAGUUUCCUCAAGAAAUGUGCAGCCUUCAGAAACUGGAGGGACUCUACUUGAACCAGAACAACAUCAGAGUCAUUCCAGAGGGAAUCUUUCCACAUCUCGUGAGGUUAAAGUUCCUCAAACUCAGCACCAAUCGCUUGGCCAAGCUUCCUCCAGACAUAAACAAGUACACCAGUAUCAUUUACCUGGACCUUUCCAGGAACUGCCUGCAGGACAUCCAACCAUUAGUGGGCCUCCCAAAAUUAAAGGAGCUUUUGGUGGAGAAGAACCAACUGACGGAGCUCCCGUCUCAGCUCUUCAAGAACAGAACCUGUGAGCUGACCGUGUGCAAAGCCAUGGGGAACCCUCUGAGGUGCCCGCCAGAGGAGGUCUGCGCCGGAGGAGUCAUAGACAUUCAAAACUACUUCCAACAAAUGGAGGAAAACCCUAACUCACGCAGCGCCUGGACAGUGAAGACCAUGUUCCUGGGCUGCUCCAUGGCAGGGAAGUCUACGCUCUGCCGCAGCCUGAAAACAGGCAAGCCAGCGGCCGUGGCAGUGGGAGACCGGACUGAGGGGAUAGAAAUCAGUCAACUCUACGCUGAGGGGAUCCGGUUCCUUUUCUGGGAUUUUGCAGGGCAGGAAGAGUACUACCUGACACACCAUGUCUUCAUCACACCAAGAGCCCUUGUCAUCCUUACUGUUGAUUUAUCCAGCUACAGCAUCAUAGACCCACAAUCUUUCAAAGACAAACUUUGGUUCUGGAUAAACAACAUACAGCUGCGUGUGCCGGACUCAGUGGUCCUGUUGGUGGGAACACACUGUGACCAGUGCAAAGACCAGGAGGAGGUGAUGGAGAAGAAGAACGACAUCGAGGGGAAGGUCAAAACCAUGUUGGCAAACAGGAAGGCGGUUCUAAAACAACAGAAGAGAAAUCUGGAAGACAACAUAAACCCCUCUCUCUUUGUAGACCAGCUUGAUGAGCUGGAUUGCCUUUUGGAAUACAAUCUGAAGGUUCUGGAUCUCAUACCCAUUGACGGCACAAAGAUGGAGGAUAUCGGGAAGCUGAAAAGUCACAUUCUGACAUGCAUUCAGUCGGAGAGUGUGUUUCUGUGUUCUGGGAGCAUCUUACCAAAAAGCUACGAAGCAGUGGAGCAGGCCAUUCAUACACUUGUUUCUCUGCGGGAUAUUCCACGACAUGGUAUUAUUCAACUGGACGAACUGAGUGAUUUAAUUCUGAACCAUGUUCAGCUGAGCAGAGAGAGUCUCCUCUCCACCCUGCGGUUCCUCCUGAGAUAUCUGCAUCGGAUUGGAGUGAUUGUUUGGUAUGAAGACAUCAGCGUGCUCAGUGACAGAGUGUUUAUCCAGCCUUCAUUCCUCAUCUCCAUGUUCAAGACCAUUGUGAGACAUGACCUGGUGGAGCAGUUGGAGGGGGUUUCCAGAGACCUCCUCAUGCAGGAAGGGGCUCUGGUGAAACAGAAGUUCACCUGGGUGGAUGACUUGAGGUGCAGAGGAACCCUGCACAACGCAGCUCUACGGAUCCUGGUCCGCAGAGGGAUCGAGAAACUGGUCAUGAAUGAGGACGACUUGGUUGUUGAGGUGGUGGGCAGCAAAAGAGAGGAAGGCAUUCUACUGACCCUGCUGCAACAUUUUGAGGUCUGCCUCCCGACUCUCAUUGGAGGGGACCUAAACCCACAAGCACCAGAGUUCAUUCCUGGUGAGAAACAGUGGAAGUCAGUGAAGGAGGCCAAGAGAGAUCCAGAUGGAGCCUGUCUCUUCCCCAUCUACCUGAAGGAUGACUUCAUAGUGUGCCAAAAGUGGGGUGAGAACAGGCAGGACGACCUCAGUGUUCACGUGUACUUCCUCCCGGAGAUUCCUCAUGGCUUCUUCCACAGAUUGAUCGUCAAGACCUGUUCCCUCUACCCCACUCACUGGGUGGGGAGGGAGCAGUUCCUCCUCUGCUGUGGACACCUUCUGUGUCUGGUGAGACAGCAGGAUAAAGAUGAAGACCCGUUCAUAGAGAUACGCUGCAGGAGACCUGAGAAAGACAAGGGGUUCAGGCCGUUAUGGAACCUGAUCCUGGCGGUGAUGUCCAAGCUGUUUGUGCUCUCCAGACAGUGGCCUGGCCUGACUCAGCAGGUUCACACUCCCUGUCCAGAGAGAGGCUGUCCACACUACUUCCCCUGGAGGGAUUGGCAGGAGCUCAACAACACUGACUUCUACAACCUGGUGAAAGAGGAGAAACUGGUUUGCAAAGGAGGACACACACGACGGACAGAGCUGAUAUUUCCUAAAGAUAAAGAAACGCCUCCCCUCGAUUAAUGUAAAGUUUCGACAAUCAAACAUACACAACAUCCUGAAGGUUCACUUUCCCACUUUUAUAAACAACAUGGCACCAAAAAUCCAACCUGACAUAUCCCCUUUUCUUCUCAUGUUCCCUUCAAGCACUGAAAAAUCCUCCCAACUCUUAUGACUGGCCUUGGAAAAUAAAAUGUUUUUGAUAAAAGAAAAGAAUGAAGGGUUUCUGGGAUUGUUUAGCAGGUGUAGGCAUCCCUGACUAGAAGUACAAUGGACCUUAUCUAAGAUAAAAAAAAUGCUACAAUCCUGGAACCUCUCCUACUUGCUAAGACUAAGAGACAAAGUACCUGCCCUCACACUGUGGAGUAUCCUGACCUCAGCCAUCACAGAUUUGCCCCUGAAGCUGUCUUCAUAUACAACUUUUUUAAACUUGGAAAUGGCAACCAUGCCAUGCUCUUUGCAUGACAUCGAGGGUCUGAUAAAGAAAGCCCUGUUAUACAAUUUAUUAGAUUGUCAUUGGAUGUUGUAAAAAUAUGUUUUAAUUUUGUGUAUUUUUAUAUUCAAACCUAUAUUUAUACAGUUUGUCAUGGCAUCAGGCAGGCCACGUGCAGCAGGGUAGGUUUAAAUACUGGCAAAAUUUGACACAUCACAUAUAAGAUUAGAGUCUCCUCCUGCAAACACCUUUAUGCCUUUAACCAGGUGCAUGCCUGCAAAAAGCAACCUAAAAGCACUUCCUUGAAUGGACUGAGGAGGGCAAUACAGUGUAAGAGGCAGUGCUGCAUUUGUAGCUGAUGGAUUCUAUUUGGUUUUAUUUAAAGUGUUUUAAAUUUAACAGUAAAAAUUAAAUCCAUGUGACGUCAUUUGGAUUUUUCUUUGAUGGAAUUUCUAAAGUUUGGGCAUAUGGAGGGAAAAUGAGAAGAGACAGAGGUGGAGGGAUGCAACAAUAAAAAAGGAGGAUGGGAGUACAAUGAAUGGAUGGAAGAACAAAAAAGGGAAAUGAAGAAAAGACUCUUUUUGUUGUAUUCUCAAACUUUAAGUGACACUUCUCAGGUUCUUUCUGUAUCCCUGAAAACACCUGGCUGUUUUCAGUGUGCAGUAGCUCCCUCUGCUGGUUUCUGUCUGACAUUACAACUCAGUGCUUUCAGGGACACAAACACUCUCUGAGGGAAAACGUCUCAAUGUAAGAUGUUACUGCUUCAUUCUCAAUACCACAGAGGAUUUUCUUCCUGGAUUGUAAAAUGACUGUGAGUACCAGACAGCUGGGAUUACUCCUGAUACAUGCAGACCAGCAAUCUUAGUUUCAUGGCUGCGCUGAUGUAAUUCUUCUAAUCAGCUGAAUCUGAAAGCUGACUCUGAGUUCACUCAUCUGGAGCUGUCCUGUAUUUCUCAACUGAAUUUUUCAUCACAGCUCUCCUCACUCAGGGGAGUUCAUGCUACCUUCAUUGUCUCCUAGUAAAUAUGAAACUUUUGAGAUGAUGGUCAUUCAAGCUGUGCUGAACAGACAAAAGACUAAUAGGAGACGGGAAACACCCUGAAGACUGGUUUACAUUACAGUGUUGCUUUUCCUGUUGACUGUGAAACAACCAUAUAUUUAACAUACUAUGAAUGAAUGAAUAAACAUGUUUAAGAUA